AUGGAUCAGUUAAGGGACGAUCUUAUCCAGAUGAGAACUCAGGUUACUGCUCAGAUGGCUCAGUUCAUGGAAGUCAUGCAAAACAUGGCUGAUCGCCAAGAAGAGCUCAGGAUCCGAAUGGACACAGUUGCUCAGGUUGUUGCGGACCCCCCGCAAAGAAAUCCUGCUGAUAUUCGUGUCAAUGGUGAGCCUGUGAUCGGAGGACCUGGUGUAAUCCCUCCUGCUGCUAAUCAAGGUAAUCCCCGUGGGCCUCCCCAACCUACUCCUGAAGGACAAACCACACAACAAAUCAGAAGGGCUGCUGCCAUCCCCGUGUUGGAAGAGGAUCGACAUGAGGAUCUAUUUCCUGAAAGUGAGUUGGGAUUUCCACAUGAUGCUGGAAGGUUGUUCAGAGGACUGGAGGAAAGGAUGAGGGCCAUGGAAGGCCAAGGACUUGGUAUGGACAUUAAUGACUUGGGUUUGGUUCCUGGUGUCCGCGUGCCGCCGAAAUUCAAAGUGCCAGAUUUUGAGAAAUACAAGGGGAAUACUUGUCCCAAGACCCAUGUCCGAGCUUACUACCGCAAGAUGCAUGUCUAUUCUGAGGACGAGGGGCUGUUGAUGCAUUUCUUCCAAGAUAGCCUGACUGGGGCAUCUUUGGAAUGGUAUAUGAGGCUGGAAAGAGCUAGUAUUCGAAGCUGGAGAGACUUGGUUGAUGCCUUCAUAAAGCAGUAUCAAUAUAAUGUUGACAUGGCACCCAAUCGCACUCAAUUGCAGAAUCUAUCUCAGAAAGCUAAUGAGUCCUUCAAAGAAUACGCGCAAAAAUGGCGCGAGUUGGCAGCCAGAGUUCAACCACCUAUGUUGGAGAGAGAAAUGAUGGACCUGUUCACCAAUACUUUGGAAGGUCAAUACUAUUCUGCUUGUUCCGCAUCCUCGAGUUUCGCCGAGUUGGUCAUGAUUGGUGAGAGAAUUGAAAGUGGAAUCAAGGCUGGUAGAAUUCAGAAUCCGAGUGCUGCUAGUUCCUCCUCUGGGGUUGUUGGAAAGAAACCUUAUAACGGGUUUGCCAAGAAAAGAGAGGGUGAGACGAGCGCUGCUUAUUAUGGUAAAGGCAAAAUCCAGGCUCAUCAACAAGUGGCCGCCGUGACUAUACCGAAUGUUCCAUUUCAGCAACAUCAACAACGAGGGUAUACUCCGCGCCAGUAUCAACCAAAGGCACCUGAGAGAACUUUUGACCCGAUCCCGAUGACAUAUGCACAAGUAUUGCCAUACCUCCUCGACUUGAAGUUGGUACAAUUGAGAACUCUAGCCACUCCUGCUAAGUUGCCUCCUAAUUGGGAUGCUAAUACAAGGUGUGAAUUCCACUCUGGAGCACCUGGGCAUAACAUUGAAAACUGCAAAGCAUUGAAGUAUCAGGUUCAAAAUCUUCUCGACUCCAAGGCCAUUGAGUUCACUCCUACUCUAGGGCCUAAUGUUGUUCAAAAUCCCAUGCCCCCUCAUGGGUCUCAUGCUGCAAACGCCCUCGAUUGUGUUGAAGACACUCGUUUGGUUAAGGACGUGACUGAGUUAGGCUCUCUGUUGCCUUUACUGAAAGUAGAAUUACUGAGAAUGGGUCUAUAUGCUGGUUGUGGAGAAUUGUGUAAUGAGUGCAUGGCCACUUCCUCCGUUUGUGAUAAAGUGAAGAAUGGUAUUCAACAGUUGAUAGAUAGUGGGUAUCUACAGUUUGAGCGCGUACGACGGCCCGAGGUAUUUGAGAAUGAAAUUAAUGUGGCAUCCAUCCCCUACACUCCUGCUAAGAUCCCAAUUCCUGCUAGAGCACCUCCUUUGGUUAUUACAUCGCCUGGUCCCGUUCCGUAUACUAGUGAAAAGGCAAUCCCAUGGAACUACGGUGGAGAGGUUUUUUACCAAGGGGCCAAGUUUGAACUUAGAACACCAGUUGAGAAAGAAGACGUCGACAAUGUUGUGGGAGUUGGAAGAAUGACAAGGAGUGGCCGUAUUCUCGAUCCUCCUCAGAAUAUUCACAAAGGCAAUACAGAAGCUCUAGCUCAAGCAAAAGGAAAAGGAGUGACAGAAGAUACUAUGGACCAGGGGCAAAGUUCUAAUUCUGAGGACACUGUGGCCAAAGAGAUGGAAGAAUUCCUCAAGAUCAUCAAGAAGAGUGAGUAUAAAGUGGUUGACCAGCUGAGUCAAACUCAAUCUAAGAUUUCGAUCUUACAGUUGCUCUUAUGCUCCGAGACACAUCGAAAUGCUUUAUUGAGACUCCUAGGCACUGCCUUUGUCCCUCCUGAGAUCUCAGUAAAUCAGCUUGAAGGGGUAGUGUCUAAUAUCAAUGCUGGAAAUGGAUUGGGAUUCACUGAUGCAGAUUUGCCUUCUGAAGGUAGAAAACACAAUAGAGCUUUGCACAUAUCUGUGGAGUGCAAGGGGACUAUGCUAUCUCGUGUUCUUGUUGAUAAUGGAUCUUCUUUGAAUGUGUUACCAAAGUCGUCUUUGAUGAGGCUAGACUAUUCUGGUGUUGAGAUAAGGCCAAGCGAACUAACUGUGAGAGCCUUUGAUGGCUCAAAGAGGUCGGUGUUUGGGGAGGUUGAUUUACCAGUGAUGAUAGGUCCUCAACUCUUCACUAUUACUUUCUUUGUGAUGGACAUCCACCCGGCUUACAGUUGUCUCCUGGGGCGUCCAUGGAUCCAUGCUGCUGGGGCCGUGACUUCCACAUUGCAUCAGAAACUCAAAUUUGCCACUCAAGGGAAGAUAGUCACAAUAUGUGGGGAGGAAGAGCAUGUGGUAAGCCAUCUUGCGUCUUUCAAGUAUAUUGAUGUGGAAGGGGAGGUCCACGAAACACCUUGUCAAGCAUUUGAGGCUGUCCAGACUAUCAAGAUCCCUUAUGUUGAAAAGAAGAAGUUGGAGGCUCCCAUGUCCUCACUAAAGGAAGCUAAAGCUGUGGUUGAAUCUGGUCAUCCUGAAGGAUGGGGCCGAGUCUUGGAUCUACCAGUCAAGCAGGAUAAAUGUGGGGUUGGAUAUCAGUUGGGUCAGAGUUCAUCUAAGGAGGCCUCCAAGAAGCCCGGAACCUUCAUUCCGAUCAAGUUCUCUAGUGCUGGCAUCGUCAAGGAUCAUAUUUGUGCUGCUGAUGAUGAUAUGGAUAGCGAUUAUGACAUUGAAGAAUGGAUCAAGCCGUGUGUCCCAGGACAGAAACUUCUCAACUGGUCUUCCGAGGACAUCAUCUCAAUUGCUUCUGAUCAAGAGUAA